UAGUGUAACGCGGUAAAAAGUGAUGAUGUCUGGAUGCUGAUCUCCACUCUGAUUUUUUGUUAUCCAACCCCGAGUAUUAGACGGGUCUCCCGCGGUGUGUACUUCUCCUCGCGUUUCUCUGGUGUCUCUCCAGAAUCACCGAGUAGACGGAAUUAUGCUUUCGUGCUGGCGCACCGGCCGACUCAGUUGAGACUUACGGCUCGCACCGUCAACACACCUCUCUGUAACAAAGUCCCCGGACUACCUUGAUAGAUCAUCAUCAUCAUCAACCCUUUACCUGGUGAACAUCCCCCUAGUCAACAUCAAAAUCGUGACAAACUUACCACCGAAAGAUGACCUGACAGGUCAGACGAUCUGAUCGUCCAAUCGAGUUAUAAAAUCUGAUUGUUCUGCAAGUGACAAUAACCAUCGAAAAUGUUAUCAAACCGUGUAAUCGUGCUGUUGCUGAUUGCCACGUGCGUCCGGUGUCACCCAACACCUGGGGAUUCCCUUGAGAAAUUGUCCGACCUCCAGAUACCGACGAAUCGCCUCCGCCGGGGUUCAGACCAGCCUGACCGCGUGCCCUUCAGCCCCAGAAGACUCGAAAAAAUGCUGGAGAAGGCCAUCCUCAAGAUCAUAACCGGCGAUCUCAGUAACUCCAAUCUUCUACUCCUGAAGAGUCUGAACUACAGUCUUGAGGAAGUCCUUGCCAUUCGUCAGCGAGAGCUGGGGAGGAAAUCCACGCUGGAGCCUCUGGAGAACGAGAAACAGAUUCUCGAGGGCUCCAAGGACAUCCUUCAGCCCGAGGACAAGCUCAAGGAGACCAUUGACUACGAUGCGUUCAACAGAAAAGCUGUCGAGGAUUACGAGAGCAUUGGGAAUAAGAUGGAGGAGUACACAACACCGGUGAAUUACGAUCUGAUAACACGAAGAAUUGGGGACAAUUCUAACGGUGGGUUUCAUGCUAAUUUCGAUCGAGCGAUGGAGCCCCACGUGGUCUUCAAAAUUCGGUACGAUGACUCGGAUAUUGACUCGAGCUCCAUUGAAAGGUCCAGAGAGUCUGGAUUGUCUGAGGGGAUGAAGAUCCUGGGGACUCUUUCGUCCUCAUCGAGACCUGAUGCCGAACCUCAAGUUCAAUCGAAUGUCGAAAUCUCAGCGAUUGAAGCGAAUGAAGCGAAUGAAGCGAAUGAAACUAAUGAAACGAAUGAAGCGAACAAAACUAAAGACAGUGGAUUCGAUAACAGUGGUACAAAUGAUUCUGUCAAAUCCUCCAAAAAGGUCAGCUUGUACGAGGGCCUGGAGUGGGUCGAGGAUGAUGUUUACCGUGUGAUACCAGAAGCCCUGAAUUAUGAACUCGGUAAUUACGAAGAGGAGAAUGAAACGAUGGAGGCGGAGUACCAGUCUGGGAAUUCGUCGAUCGAGAUGACCGAUGAUUACUUCGGAUAUCAGGAGGACAAGGAUCUCGAUAAUCGAACCAUCGGCAAUUUUACGGCUUAUCAGCAGCUGGCAGUUGCACAUCGCCGAGAAAGGAAUCAGUCAAUCGACAGUCAAGUACAGAACGCCAUCGAAGAAAUUAAAAUGAGGGUCCUGGCGAUGACGGGAAGAUUCAACCUCACGGCCAAUAACAAUCAAGUUCAAAGGGAGAAGUUGACUAUGUUCGCGCCAACAUGUGAAGCACCGAAAAAUACAGACCUCGAGACUUGGUCAGACCCGUUCUCCAUGAACAUGCAUUUCGAAAUGAAUCUGACAUCCAGUGACCACAUUGUCGCCGCUAGAUUGCGAAUCUACAAACUCCCCCAGGGGAACUCUACAUCUACAAGUGCUAGUUCUUCAGGACAUGAUGAUGAAGAAGAAGAGAAGAAGAUUAGAAUAUCCGUUUAUUAUUACACAAAGUCUCUGAAGAAACAUAGAUCUAAGAAACGUCUGAUGGACUCGGUGGUGACUCCCUUGACGCCUGGAGGUGGUCAUCUAGCUCUGGAUGUGAGGCAGGCUUUGAGAUUCUGGAGACAACCUCAUCCAAGCAACAAUCAUGGAAUCCUGGUGCAAGUUGAGGAUCAGGAUGGGAAACCCCUCAAGCCCGCUUUAUACGUUCAACAAGAUUCAUGUCAUGCCAAUGAUGAAGACACAGAUGAGAAGGCAUAUCAACGCGUCCCUGCAAUAUUCCUUCAAGCCUGUUCUCGUUACGUUCGAGUCGUGAAUGGUGAAGCUGUCACAUACGUCAACUGCAAAAAUCUCAGAAACUCUCAGCACUGACGAGGCAUCUGGAUUUUAUAAAUAUGUCUUCCAAGAGAAGAGGAAAAGUGACACAGGGUGCUCUCUACGUUAAACGUAGCGUGAGAAUUUUUACAGACUGUUUAAUCUUUACGUCUUUAAUCUUGAUGACAAAGGGACGAUUAUUUAAAUGUUUAGGGAUUAAGUUGAAUUUUAGGAGUGAGAAAAAAAAAUCUGGCUAGAUUCUAUUAUUAUUUCUAUGUAAAUAGUAUUCGAGAGAAUUUAACGUAGUGGUUGAUAAGUAUUGUUGAAGUGGGUGUAACUUAAGUAUUUUUUAUUUCAUCUUCCAUUAUUUUUUUAAUGACUGAAUCUGUAUUGCCAUGUAAUCUCAUGAACAUUAUUUGUCGGUCAUGCAGAUUUAUUUUAAGCAUUGUAUAUAAUGUAUAUUGUAUU